CAUUGCCAUUAUUGACCGAUCACAAAUCUCUCUCUCUAUAUAAACAAAGCACUUACACCAAGAAAUUUAAAUAAUCCAUCAAAACAUAACAAAACACUUUUCUCUCCCUCUCUCUUGAAAACAUGGUAGUACUUAAUUUCACCCCAUUAAAGAUGGGACCUCCAACUUUUGUAUCUCUCCCCCAUCGUUCACCUUCUCAGCUUCCUUUUAAGGUAUCUUGCCAGAAAAGUGAAGCAGACAACGGUAAAGCCAUUAAAAAACUACCCCCAGGACCAAAAAAGCUUCCUUUUAUAGGAAACUUACACAAUUUAGGAGGUUCACUACCACACCAUGUUCUUAAAGACUUAGCCAAUCAAUAUGGUCCCCUUAUGCAUCUACAACUAGGAGAAGUUCCUGCAAUAGUUAUUUCCUCGUCCAAAAUGGCCCAAGAGGUUUUGAGAACGCAAGACCAUGUUUUUGCUCAGCGGCCGGAACUUUUGGCUUCCAAGAUCUUAUCUUACGACAGUACAGAUCUUGUUUUCGCCAAAGGAGAAUAUUGGAAGCAAAUGAGAAAAUUUUGUUUCAAUGAACUUCUGGGUGCUAAAAAGGUCAAGUCUUUGGCUCCUCUUCGCGAAGAUGAGGUUUCGAAUCUUCUAGAGUCGAUCCGAUCUGCCGGAGGAUCGCCGGUCAAUUUGACGGAAAAGAUUUUCUGGAUGACUAGUGUUAUAGCCGUUAGAGCAGCUUUUGGAAAUAAAUGGGAGGACCAAAAGACAAUUAUUUCAAUAGCUAGGGAAUCUCUGUCUCUAGCUGGUGGUUUUGACUUGGCUGAUCUAUAUCCUGAAAGGGAAUUCCUUCAUAUAAUUACGAAUAUGAAGCCAAGAUUGGAAAAAAUGCGUGUAAAAUUGGACGGUGUCUUGGAUAGGAUUGUCAAUGAACAUAAAGAGAAAUUGUUGAGCGGUCAAACUCAACCCGACAAUGAAGUUUUAGUUGAUGUUCUUCUUAGAUUUCAGGAAACAGGCAAUCUGCGGUGUCCUGUUACCAUUGACAAUGUUAAGGCUGUCAUUUGGGACAUGUUUGUUGCUGGAACCGACACUUCUUCAACAACAACAGAAUGGGCUCUAUCAGAAAUGAUCAGAAAUCCAAAAGUGAUGAAGAAGGCACAAGAAGAGGUGCGACAGGCUGCUAAAGGGAAGACAACAAUCGACGAAGAAGACAUUCAAGAUCUACCCUACUUAAAACAAGUGAUCAAAGAAACUUUAAGGUUACAUCCUCCAGUACCCUUGCUACUUCCAAGAGAAAGUAACCAAGACUCUGAAAUUGAAGGGUAUUAUAUUCCUGAAAGGACAAAAGUCAUCGUUAACGCAUGGGCGAUAGGGAGAGAUCCAGCGUAUUGGGAAGAUCCAGAAAGUUUUAUACCAGAGAGGUUCAGUGACAGCUCCAUUGAUUUUAAAGGGAACAAUUUUACUUAUAUUCCAUUUGGCGCUGGAAGAAGGAUUUGCCCAGGAAUGACUUUUGGUCUAGCGAAUGUUGAACUCCCUCUUGCUAAAUUACUAUACCAUUUUGAUUUUAAACUCCCAGAUGGAAUCAGAGGUGAGGAUUUAGACAUGACAGAAGCUUUUGGCGCAACUGUUGGAAGAAAAAACCAGUUGACAGUGAUUGCUACUCCUUAUGUACCUCGAAAUAAUGAGAGCUCAAGCAAACACAAGGAGACUAUUGAAGCUUUCAAGUAAAGGCAGAAUCAUAAUUAGUUAAUAAUAAUAAUAAUAAUAAUAAUCUUAUCCGUAUAAAAUGCUUACAUACAGAGAGUCUAGGGCCAUAUCUGUGUAUCUUGGAGAUGUAUUUGGUUACUUUUUUUUUUUGGUCUGUUUCUUACACCAACCGGGCAUGGAAAUAAUAUAUUUUAUUCUGAAAAGUUUCAGUUCA